AUGUCUAAAUCAGAGUCUCCCAAAGAGCCUGAACAGCUGCGGAAGCUCUUCAUCGGAGGAUUGAGCUUUGAAACAACUGAUGAGAGUCUGAGGAGCCAUUUUGAGCAAUGGGGAACGCUCACAGACUGUGUGGUAAUGAGGGAUCCAAACACCAAGCGCUCCAGAGGCUUCGGGUUUGUCACAUACGCCACGGUGGAGGAGGUGGAUGCGGCCAUGAAUGCAAGGCCACAAAAGGUGGACGGAAGAGUUGUGGAACCAAAGAGGGCCGUGUCAAGAGAAGAUUCUCAAAGACCUGGGGCCCACUUAACUGUGAAAAAGAUUCUUGUUGGUGGCAUUAAAGAAGACACUGAAGAACAUCACCUGAGAGAUUAUUUUGAACAGUACGGAAAAAUUGAAGUAAUUGAAAUCAAGACUGACCGAGGCAGUGGCAAAAAGAGAGGCUUUGCUUUUGUAACCUUUGAUGACCACGACUCCGUAGACAAGAUUGUCAUUCAGAAAUACCACACUGUGAAUGGCCACAACUGUGAGGUGAGAAAAGCCCUGUCUAAGCAAGAGAUGGCUAGUGCUUCAUCCAGCCAGAGAGGUCGAAGCGGUUCUGGAAACUUCGGUGGCGGUCGUGGAGGUGGUUUUGGUGGGAAUGACAACUUUGGUCGUGGAGGAAACUUCAGUGGUCGAGGCGGCUUUGGUGGCAGCCGUGGUGGUGGCGGAUAUGGUGGCAGUGGGGAUGGAUAUAAUGGAUUUGGUAAUGACGGUGGUUAUGGAGGAGGCGGCCCUGGUUACUCUGGAGGAAGCAGAGGCUGUGGAAGUGGUGGACAGGGUUAUGGAAACCAGGGCAGUGGCUAUGGCGGGAGUGGCAGCUAUGACAGCUAUAACAACGGUGGAGGCGGAGGCGGCUUUGGCGGUGGUAGUGGAAGCCAUUUUGGAGGUGGCGGAAGCUACAAUGAUUUUGGCAAUUACAACAAUCAGUCUUCAAAUUUUGGACCCAUGAAAGGAGGAAACUUCGGAGGCAGAAGUUCUGGCCCCUAUGGUGGUGGAGGCCAGUACUUUGCCAAACCACGAAACCAAGGUGGCUGUGGUGGCUCCAGCAGCAGUAGCUAUGGCAGGGGCAGAAGGUUUUAA